CCUUGGAACGACGUUUAUCUAUCUGAUUCUAUCAUCAGCGCACUAAGUUUCAGAUGCAGACGGGCCGUGCCAAGCCUUUGCUGCUGACUUGGCGACUUUCCAUCGCCCGUCGCGUCAUUCUGGCGCGUGCUCUCGAUUCCACGCCCACUCCGCGCAUUUCUCGACAUGCUGUCAUCACGCCGCUUGAAACAAUCCGCAUAAUACCGCACCAUCAGACGACCCUGCCGCUCUGCAGUCCAUGCCGCCAACCGUUCACCCCACAGUUGGAGCGCAUAAUCCGUGUCGCUGUCGCAUGGAAUCCUUCUGGAAAGCCUUGCCCAAACCUUGAUCGCUGCCGUCCGACUCGCUUUGCCUCAGGCUCCAGUCGCCUCGUCUGCACCUUCCCCGUCUACCUCGCGUCUGCCGUAGAAUUCGCAGUCCGCCAUGUCCGAAGAGCCGCCCCAGGUAGCCAUGGAGGAUGCCCCGCCGUCACACCACGAUGAUGAGUCGGAGGCACCCGAGGAUGAGAGCGAAGAGGAAGCACCCGCGCAGCUCAUGGUUACGUCUAGGGCCAAGCGAUCCAAUGCCGGGAAUCGCAUGUCCAUCCUGCUCGCCAAAUCGGCCGAGGAGGAGGAAUGGGGUGAGGAGUGGGAGGAGGCUCCGAACGAGGAGGAGUUCCAAGGCGGUGAUAUCAACGAGCAGGAGGACUACAACAUGGAUUCGUCAUCGUCGGAAGAGGGCGAUGACGAUGCCGACGAGGACGAGGCGGGCGAGAAGGAGCUGCGCAAGGCAGAGCGACAAGAGCGCAACAAGAAGCGCAAGGCCACGACGAAUCCCUUCACUGCACGGGUCGCCGCCCAAGCACGAAAGAAGGUCAAGCUCGACGUUCCUCGCACACAGUCGCCCACGCUUGCGCCUCCGCGACCCAAGAAGAAGUCCGAGAGGGCAUCAUGGCUACCUACUGAAGAGGAUGGUCCGGUUCGAAUGUCCAUGCGCAAACAGACAGUGGCAAACAAGGAUGCCACACUGGCUAAGUUGAAGGAGAAAGACCGGAGGCGCGAUGAUACCCUGGCUAUGAUGAAGGCUGCAGAGGCGCGGAAGUUGAAGUCCAAGGAGAAACCUUUGACCCAGGCUGAGAGGCUUGCUGAGGCUGCUCGGAAUGAGCGCAUCAACAAGAAAACCUUACACAGAUGGGAAGAGGCAGAGGAAGCUAGGGCAGCAGAGAGGCAGGCCAAGAUUGACGCUCUAAAGAACCGACAGAUCGAUGGGCCCUUCUAUCGAUACUACAGCGGGCCGGGCAUCUGGGUCGAUGAUAAGCUCAAAUACACAGGCAAGGACGCACCUAGUCUGGAGCAUCUCGAAGAAAAGCUCAACAAGGAGGUCACAGUUGCGGAGACGUCAACGCAGCCAGAGUCUACACAGCUCCCGGUACAAGCUCCAGAUAACCAUGCAGAUAAUUCACAGCCUUCUUUUCCCUCUCUGGAUCAGUUCAGUAGCUCAACACACAUCCCCUCAAUACCCGCAACCAUGCCCCCACAACAAGAUAACUCACAACAACCAUGGACAGCAGCAGCAUCACAAGGCGGCGAUGUUUUCAUGGGCUCGUUCGGCAUGCAACAUCCCAGCACUGUAAUGUUCGCACCGCCAAGCCAAGACUCCUUCCUCUAUGGCAUCGACGAGUACGCCCAGGACCAGCAAUCCCAGCCUAUGCACGGCAACGACCUUCCUCCAUUCCCCUUCACAGAAGCCUCUAAAUUUCAGAAUCAACCUUCAGAUGCACAAAUAGCCCUCUACAACCAAUUACAUCCCUCUCUACCUCACCAAAACGGCGACUCCGCGAUCGGCCCUCAAGCCCUCCUCGCACAAUUCCAAAAACCCGCUUUGCCCCCUCAGCCACCGCGACGCAAAGUCAUACGUCGAGCUCUCCGCAACCUCCUUAUCCUCUCCAAUUUCCCCAACCUCGAAGCUCCACCAACAUCCUCCUCGCGAGCCAGGACAGCAGCAUCCCUCCUCAAAGAAAAGGAUAAAUCAGCUUUGGUACAGCUCUACACAGCCCUCUUCAGCUGGACCCCUGCCGAAGCAGCAAACUACAUUCAACAAACCCUCAUCGCGCCGCCAAAACCACCCCGGAAGAACGCCGCGCCCAAAGCCGAGCCAGAGAUCGUGCUCAAACCAGGCCAGAAACUCUGUCCCAUCACCAAUACCAUAGCCCGAUACCGCGACCCGGAAACGGGUAUUGCAUACCGCGACGCCCGCGCUUUCGGCGUGCUGCGAGGCGUAGUCGGAGGCGGUUUUGUCUGGAGUGGUGAUCUGGGCUGUUAUGUGGGAGGUAGAGCUAAACCACUGGAAAGUAUGGGCGGAAAAGGGUUUUUGGGUAUGCCGCCCGCGAAGAAUGUGCCGAGACGGUUUUGGGAGAUGAGCAGUCCGAGUAGGAAGGUUGUGGCGCCGGCGCCGCCUACGCCGAGCCCGGCAAUGAAGGAGAAGGGGGAGGUAAAGGAACAGGGACAGGGACAGGGACAGGGGACGAGCGGAGAAGAGAUACCGCUGGAGGCGGCAGCGGAGAACAUUACUCUUGCUGCGUCGAGUGGAGGCGAGAAAGCGAGUCCUAAGCCUGCUGAGGCGGGGACUGCUGUUCUGUCUUGAACGUUGGGACAGUGAAUACCAUGUUCCUGUGUAAUAACAUAUAUGAUGAUUAGACAGUGUCAAUACUAUUAAUCCACGUUCUCCUUCUAGAGGAACGUUUCAA